AAAUUUAAAAACAGGAGCAAAUAUUCCGUGAAGACGUAGCCACAAAAGCAAAACGGGUAGCCGGAAAAGACGCCGCUGUUUUGUUUGACUUUUUGGCGCAAUAUUAUUCACCACACACCGGUGCGCCCAAAUUCACCACAGCACGAGCUCUGCCCAGAAAUAGCCUAACGCUAUUUUCCUGUUCCAUAGCAUAAGGUCACACUGAAUUGACUUCAAAAAAAAUUCCACGAAUCAUCUGAAUUUUCCGGAGUUUACUGUUCAAUUGUUUUUGUAUUUAGUUUGGGGAGUUUUAAGAUCAAACACGAUCAUGGCCUGGGUUCCCAAUUCGCGUUUCGAGGAGGAUCUGGUGGACAUGGAGCCGGAUUUUAACCUCAUCCACGGCCAGUUGGCCUACGAGGCCAAGAAGAAGCAGGAGUUUUGUCCGCGUCCCAAGAGCACCUACGAAUAUCUGAGUGCCCGGGAAAAGCGCAAUUCGGAGCUGGAACAGGUCAAUGGGAAAGGCCGGGAAAUCCGCGACUGCCUUCAGAUGAUGGAGAAGAUCCAGAAGAUCGCGGGCACCCGGCCAUUGGGGGAGCACGCCACCAUGGCCGACUGGGAGGACACGAGCACCGCGGAAAUGGAGGCGGUGGCCAUGAUGAGGCACUUCGGACAUAUGUCCAUGGCCGAGGACUCGAUGCCCGUCCUGCCCGAGAUCAAACCUCACGAAGGACCCGUACACAUCAUAAAGAACGGCCGUCGGAGCUUUCCCCUCAUCACAGAUCCGGAAUUCUUCAAGCCACGCAAGACGCCCCGACCGAAACCUCGCAAUAGUGGCAACGAAUCCUUGAGCGAUUCCUUUCACACAGCCGAAAGUUCGUCGAGUUCCAAUAGCCUGUACGGAUCUGCUAAAUCCCAUUUGGACAGCAGCCCGGAAAAGGCAAAGUCAGAGGAGUCGGAGAAGGAGAAGUACCUGGAGAUUCCCUACCAACCGCUGGAAGAGAGUUUCGACCAGGAGGAUGAGAAGAAUACCUUCGCCAAGCCGAUUAUCUCAACCAGUGAGCACGAAAUCAAUGGAAAACGUAGGAUCCGGCGGCCCGGUCAAAAAAAGAGACAUCAGCUGCAGUACGAAGCCACGACCCCAAAGCAAUAACCAAACAAAAGAAUCCCAAAAAGCAGUUCCUAUAUUUAUCUAAAUCAAAAAACCAAGAACACGACAGUUUUUUGUGUAAAACAGGCCACUUUUGUUUUCGUAGGUCUUUUGAUUUAGGUAAAUAAACCCGGCUUAGGUUUUACAUUUUUAUA